CAGCCUUUGCCAGUCUCUGUCUGUCUGUUGACUUCUGCUGUAGGCUUAGGGCCUGAUAAAUUGCUUCAAACUUUUUUUUUUUAUUUGUUUUGUUUUCAGCAUAUUCGUCUUGCAGCUUUGUGUCCCACCGCAGCCAUGAAGACUGCCUUGCUCUCUGUCGCCAUGGUGAUGAUGUGUGUGACGAUGGCGCACUCAGUGAAGCCACUAAAGGAUUUCAACUUGGAAAAGUUUGCAGGUAAAUGGUACCGAGUGGGACUUGCCUAUGACUCUCCAGGCUUUAUCCCUUUUAGAGACAAAGUGAAGAUCUCCAUGGGCGUCAUCACAAUGCUGCCCGGCGGCAACGCCAACCUCACAAUGUGGGAAGCUCUAUCUAUAGCCUGCAUUCCUAAAUUUUACCAGUAUAACAAGACAAGCGUGCCUGGACACUUCAUCUACUUCAGCACCCGCCAUAACAUGGUGAAGGACGUCACUGUUGUGGACACAAACUACUCUGAAUAUGCCGUGGUUCUCAAAUACGAGAAUUUUAACAGAGAAUACACACAGGCGGCGCUCUACAGUCGCUCACCGAGAAUCAAAGUACAAGUCCUGCAGAAGUUUAAGGCCUUUGCUUUGUCCCGUGGUUUCCCCCGAGCAUCUAUUCUGACCCCUCCUCCAGCAGAGAACUGUCCAGCGUCAGGAUCUGGAUAAUAGGCAAGAUGUUUGUUUGUUACCUAAAAAAGGUUUUAUCUCAGAGGAAGCUGAAAGAAUUUUAUUCAGAUGUUUUGCCCAAUAUCAACAAUAGAGACGCGAUCAAUAUAUAUAAGUCUAUUUUCUCAGUUUCUUUCAUUUUUGUUGUCCAAUUUAAAUAAAAAAAAAUUACAUAUCCUUGUAUUCCCCAAACCUCUGUUUUAUAAAUGUAUGAAAUUACUUGAAAUUUGUUAAAAACCUUCAAACACUUUUAGGAUUUGAAUCCAUCAGUAUCUAUGUUUUAUGCUCCUCAGCUCCAGAAGCAACUGCCUGAAAAUCUGAAAUCUGCAGAAACUUCACAUCUUAGGACUGAAAACAUUGUUUACUGCAGAUUACCUACAAAGGUCAAAGGCUUAAUUUUGUUUUACAAUUUCUCUAUGAUUUCGUUUUAUUUACUCAAAUUUGAUUAUUUUUUACAGUUUUUUAUGUGGUUUUUUUAUGUUUUAGGUUGAUUUUUUGUUUUGUUUUGUUUUUUAUUUAGGUUUCUUUGCUCUCCCUGUGAAUAACCCCCCUAAAUAUUAGCCUAAUUAUUUGAAAGAUUAAUUGUUUAAGAAAUAUAAAAAGUUAGUUAAAACAAAAA